GUUAAAAUUUUAUGCUGGGUAUUAAAGUUAGAAAUACUUUGUUAUAUGCAUCCUGAACAAAUAUAAAGCGAACGUUUUUAAAGGAAUCAACAGUGCAUUCAUUUUAAGUUAACAAUGCUAUGGUUCAAUAAACAACACUGAUGAAAAACAGUGUUGCCAAAACAAAAAUUAAGUGGGCGUUCUUUGUUCGAUGAGGAACUAAACCCCAAGUAUGUUUAGUCAAGUCUGCGGAGUGAUAUAUACAAUUUAGUUUUGAACAUCGAUGACUUUGUUGUAGUUAUGAACCAACUUAAGAUCUCUCUGCCAUUACCCACUUGGUAUGAGCCAAAAUCAUGCAAGACCUUUGCCAACGAUCGUAAUUUUCUUGGUCGAGGGGGAUUUGGAGAAGUUUUGUUGUGCUUUAACCAAAAUAUUGGACCAUGUGUAGUCAAAUGCUUGCCAACCACAUUACCUAAUAUGACAAAGGAAGAUGCAUGUCAAAGGUUUACUGAGGAGGCAGGAAUAAUACUGUUGGCAAACCAUGAGAAUAUAGUCAAUGUAUAUGGUAUAACUCAGUGGAGAGGUUAUUUCGGCUUGAUCAUGAAGUAUAUGGAGAUGGGCAAUUUGACUAACAUGCUCAAGCUUGCUGUCAGUAAACGCUACCAAAUUCCUUUUGAUGUGAUUCUGAGGAUCAACUUGCAUGUGGCAGCUGGUUUGACAUUCUUGCACAACAUUCGAAAUGAGGAAGAAGUGGUUCACGGGGAUUUGAAACCUCUUAACGUCUUAAUCGAUGAAAACCUUACUGCAAAACUUGGUGAUUUCGGUGGAUCCUGUUUAAAAACCUUUACACGGUCUGCUUAUCCACAAGCUUCAAGAGAUUCCGGAAGACGUGAAAACACAUCGCUUUACACAGCACCAGAGAGACUGCAAGACAUCAACAUGUCGCCAACCAAGGCUUCUGAUGUAUACAGCUUCUCCAUGAUCAUUUAUGAAACCUUAACUGAUCACUAUCCCUAUGAAAAUUCCCCAAAUGACCUAACACUUAUUGAGCAUAAUAUUAUUCGUGAUGUUAAGCCAACAUUAGAACGACUUGAACCAAAAAAGUCAUCAGCUACCGAAGAAAUGCUGGUGAUCGUGAACCUUCUGGAAAGCACUAUGAAAGAUUGCUGGCAGCUAGCUCCAAAUGCGAGGCCAGAUAUUGGCACAGUACGGAAAAAAAUACUACUACAUUACCACACCCUUAACAAAGAAGCAUUUCAACAGCAUGUUGCAGAUACAAUUGCCCAACUGAAACAUUAUGGGCCUCCUUUACCAAUAAAUGAGCAAACUGUAACACUUGAAAGUUUAAAUCAACACAUUUACCCUUCAUUUUCUGAAGAUGUUACACCCAGGCCUACAUCACAAGAAACAGAAGCAUCUAUGUGGGAGGAAGCACAACAGGCUUUGCACAGUAGAGACAGAAAUGAAUUGAUGAGAAUACUAAGUCAGAUUCAGGAUGAAACUGCUGAGGUCGCUUUAAUUGAACAAGUAAAAAGAAACUUGCAACAAACUGGUCACUUGGAGGAUGGUGAGUUGGAUGCUCUGAUUUGUAGUUUGGAACAAGGUGGUUACUAUGAUGCUGCAACAAAUGCUGAUGGAUUGAGUACAGCAAAAGGUCUCAAUGAAUUGUACACACUUCUACUACAAAAAAAUUUUGACAGAACCAAGCUUGCUGGUCUAACUAAGUGUACCUUCACCAUAUGCUCUUCUAUAUUGGACCCAAAGAAAAAGGGGGAGCAGCUUUUAAAGACCGCGGAGUUAAUGAAACAAGCCAUCACAGAGUGUCACAGUAAAUCGAAUGCAUGUGUGUUCUUUCCAAUUGCAGAGUCUAUCUAUGAAAAUCUGAAAUCCAGUGGCUCAUAUUCCAACAUCGAAUGUUUGGAAAAGGCCAAUUGCUUUAAUGUCUUAGCAACAUGUUUCGAGAAGCUUGGGAAAGCUAAGCUAAAAUCAGAGAGCCAAAAAAUGCUUCGUAAACUAUUUCCUCAGUAAACACUUUGCUGGUUUUAAUUUCAAUUUUAUUCUAUUACUUUUAAAGUACCGAGUUGGAUUGAUUCAGAAGUAUAAACAAUUUUGUUUUAACAAUAUAACAACCGCUAGCAUAAAAUUAUUUCAUUGAGUGUAUUCAGUACAUUAGCCUUUAAUUUUAAUCAAAAAUUGUGUUCCUUUAACUCUUUGUUCAUAAAUUUGAAUGUGUAUUUGUUAUGCUUUUUACAUAAUUUUAUGUGAUUUGGUUCGUUGGUUGCUGAUUUACAUUGCAAUACCAAUCUGACACUUAAUUCAAAACUACUGAUUGAGAUUAUCUCGAAAUUAUAAAACAUUUUUUUUAAACAAUGGAACACUUAGUAGGUUUUGUUGUUUUAUUAAAUGUAUCUAAAUCGUUAUAAUCUAAUGUAAACUUGUUUUGCAUAUUCUUUCAAUCACACAUUUGCUUGUAUAUUUUGUAUAUGCUUUGUGCAUAUCUCUUGUGUGAUAGUUUAAAACUGUGUGAUAAAGUAUUAAUGUCUGAAUUUGAUAUUUAUCAUGUUAGCUAAUAUUCUUCAUGUAUAUUUUGAUUUUUAAAUUAUCUGUCAGCAGUAUUUCAAUAAAUAAAUAAAGAAAUAAUA